AUGAGUGUGAAAAAGCACAAUGUCGAACUAUCUAGCGAUAUUGAUUUUAUCGAGACUCCUGCAGCUAAGCCCUCCGAAUUUGAAACUGGAGAGGACUGCGGCAUUGCUCUGACCAAGUCACCAGCCAUUCACAACGGUCCGUUGCCUGCCGACGGGGCAGGAAAUGAGAGCUUCUCCAAUCUCACAUUGGCUGGCGCCCUCACUGGAGUUCCCGGCCUCCUGACCUUCCUGCUGGGUGGUGGGCUGAAGACCUUUGUUCUCCUUGCCCUCAUUUCGACUCUCCCUGUUCUGGUGGCCUUCUGGACCUGGACUUCCACCUGCAGCCCGCGCACCAAUGACAAAGUCAAAUUACCCGGCCGACCUAUCGAGCAUUACGUGACUUUCAAGCGCGAAGAGGACCGGUCGAAAUGGCAUGGGAAAAAGAAAAUUCCCAUGCAGACCUUCGCAGAAAUGUACCUGGACGGCUUGGUGGAUUUCAACGGCGACACACUCGAUGUGAUGGAAUACCGGCACGAUUGGGCGAACUUCGCAUUCACCUGGGAGCUAUUCAAGUUCAUUGUCUUCACGUUCUUCAUCGACGUCAUCUUCCACACCAAAGCUCAAGAUGACGAGCAGAUCCGUCCCAACUACGAUCGCGGCAACGACCAUUACGCCUGGUUCCUCGGCCCUCGCAUGAUCUACACUUCGGGGAUUAUCUCAGACACGGAGAAGGAGGAAACACUGGAGGAAAUGCAGGAUAACAAGAUGGCUGUCGUUUGCGAGAAGAUCGGUCUCAAGGAGGGAGAAACAAUGCUGGACAUUGGCUGCGGCUGGGGAACCCUGGCCAAGUUCGCCAGUCUGAACUAUCGCGCCAAAGUGACCGGGCUCACCAUCGCGGAGAACCAAACUGCUUGGGGAAACGACGCUCUGCAAAAGGCGGGCAUCUCCGAUCAACAAAGCCGGAUCCUGUGUAUGGACUACCGUGAUAUCCCUCGCCAAAAAUAUGACAAGAUCACACAGCUGGAAAUGGGCGAGCAUGUCGGCAUCCGAAAACUCACUGGAUUCUUCCGUCAGUGCUAUGACAUGCUUAAUGAUGAUGGAGCCAUGUAUGUUCAACUCUCUGGACUGCGACAGGCAUGGCAGUAUGAGGAUUUCAUCUGGGGGUUGUACUUGAACAAAUACAUUUUCCGUGGCGCGGACGCUUCGACCCCUUUGUGGUAUUAUGUCAAAUGUUUGGAACAAGCAGGAUUUGAGGUCAAGGGAAUUGAUACUGUCGGUGUCCACUAUUCCGGUACACUCUGGAGAUGGUACCGUAACUGGGUUGGAAAUGUCGAAUCGAUCAAGGCCAAAUAUGGACCGAGAUGGUAUAGGAUUUGGGAGCUGUUUCUCGCCUGGUCUGUCAUCGCUUCUCGCGAAGGCUUCGCCACCUGCUACCAGAUGGUGGUCGUCAAAAAUCUGAACUCGACGCACCGCAUCAAUGGACUUUCUAGUCAGUUUGGCCUUGGUGGUGCCCUCGCAUCGAGCAGGAAGGCGGGCAAGUCUCGUCUGCCUUAA